AUGUUCCUUAGAAUCCAUUUCAUUCCUCCCUUCCCCCUGUUCUGUUUCAAUCUCCAGCUCUUUCACCCUGCUGAUGUUUUGGACGUCUCAAAGUUGUAUCUCAUGCAUACCUCACACAACCUGCGCAACAACCAGCUGACAGGCCCCGUACUGCAGCCCAUCCCAGCAAACCUCACAGUCUACGAUCUCGACAACAACUACCUCUCCUCAGGCUUCUCCUCCCCGCCCAACUGCUCCCAAGGCUCCAUCUCCUUCCGCUUCAACUGCCUCCAACCCCCCAACCAAAGCUAUUCCUGCCCCACGCCUGCCACGCCCUCUGCUGCGGAUGCAGCGGUGCAGCGGCCGGAGGAGCUCUGCGAUGUGUUUUGCGGCGUGAGUGCUGCCGAUCCCCCGUGUGGCGGCCAUGGCUCGUGCUAUGUGGACGGGCCCAGCAGAGUGCCCACGUGUGAUUGCGAGUCUGGGUUUGUCAACGGGGAGUUGCCUGGAAGCUGCGUCCUCGAAGGAAGUCAGGAGGGCGGCCCAGUGAUCGUGCAGCCGACAGCAGCACAGACAGCAGUGAAGGGGAGGGCGGCAGUGGCAAGUAAUGGGCGCAUCACACUUACUGCCUCACAGCCCAUCACAUGGGGUGCAGCGUUCCUCCAACUACCCAUCCCACUCUUCUCCUUCGCCCUCAAGGCCGGUGCCUGCGGUCGCCCCUUGGCCUUCACCGUCUAUUUCUCCUUCUCCAUUCUCAAACCAGCCAAAUCCCGCAAGGCAGCAGCAGCAACAGCAGCCACAGCAGCAGUUGACGCAGGCGAUGGGUUUGCAUUUGUGAUUGCCGCCACUGACGCUGCGACGGGCGGUAGCAGCGGCAGUAGUAAUGGCAGUGGUGGGGGCGGCAGUUUGGGGUAUGCAGGCAUGGAUGAGCGCAGCAUUGCAGUGGAGUUUGACACAGCCAGGAGCACCGAUGCCAACGACCCGGCCAAGAGCCACGUGGGAGUGAGUGUGAGGGGCAACACCUCUUCCAUUGCAACUGCCAAAGCGCCCUUCACUCUCAACGACGGCAAGUCAAAGCACGCCUGGAUCGUCUUUGAACCCUCUCCUUCUUCCUGUAGCUCCACCACUGGAGCCGGAGCUGGCUAUGGCAGCUGCAGCAGUGGCACGGGGUGGCUGCGAGUGUUUCUGUCGGCCAAGGGGUCCCCUCGGCCGGGCAAGGCGGUGCUGGCGAUGCAGGUGUCACUGUGGGAGUUCCUGCAGCCCAGUGCAGCCGAGGCGUCGUUCCUCAUGGGCUUCACUGCUUCCUCCUCUGACUCCCCGCAGCUCCACUCCAUCCUCACCUGGAACAUCACCACAGGCCAGCAGUUUGGGUUGCAGAUGAGUGAGGCAUCGCUGUCACCAGUGGGCGCGAACCUGUUUUUCCGCUAUGCCAGUGUGGGCAUGCAGGCAGUGCAGCCACCAGGCGGAGGAGGGGGGGGCGGAGGCGGAGGGGGCGAGGAGGAGGAGGUGUGGGUUGUGAGCCAGGCGUUCUCCUGGGCCGAUCAGGGGCUGCUGUGGCCUGUCCAGAACCAGGGCGCCUGCGGCGACUGCUGGGCAUACGCGGUGGUGGGCAGCGUGGAAGUGGCCUACAGCAUUCUCUUCAACCUCUCCGCCGUGCCGCUCCUCUCUCACACCCAGCUGCGCAGCGCCCUCGGCGCCUCAUGCUCGCAGGGCAACUCGCCCUCCCAGGCCUUCCAGUACCUCGUCACUCUCAACGCCAAGAGCAAAGUGGGACUCAUGGAGGAUGGGGCUGGGGCGGUGGUGAGAGGGAGGGGGGGGAAGAAGAGUGGCAGCCACAGCCCGCUGUGUGGCAUGCCCAUCUUUUCUCUGCUCGUGCAAGCGCUUGGGAUCUCCUGCGCCAAAGGCCGGGCCCCCGGAUCGAGCAAGCCAUCGGGGGGGCCGUUCAGAGUUAACGGGUUUGAGCGGACGGCGUUCCACGGCUGGUUUGGGCUGCUGCUGGCCGUGCAGCGACAGCCCGUGGUGGUGCAUGUGCAGGCCACUGCCCCCUCCUUCCUCAAAUACGAUGGGCUAUCCAAGUACGCGGACCCGUCGUGCUUCACGUACAACCUGAACCACGUGGUGCUGCUGGUGGGCUAUCGCCUCACCGGCUUAGACCCCACCUUCCCGCACAUGGCGCCGCCCUUCUGGAUCAUCCGCAACUCAUGGGGCCCGGAGUGGGGCGACGGCGGGCACAUGCGGAUGGACAUCCAGGGGGGCGACGGCGUGUGUGGGAUCAACACGCUGCCUGGGAUUUACCCGGUGGUGCGCGCUGCCAAGGACCCCUGCAACGUCAACGGCACCACCAGUGGGGUAUUUGGGCCGCUCUUCAACCCCUGUGGCAACUUCACAUGCAUGCCCACGCCUGAUGGGGCCAGCAACCACUGCGACUGCAACGACCCGCGAUUCGUUGAGGCACUUCAACCGGACAACUCGCGCACCUGUGCUUACAGUGAGCACUCUCUCCUGUGCUAUCGUGUGCACUCCCUCCUGUGCUUACAGGCAGCGGUGCACAAUCCAUGUGCAGUGGGCACGUGUGUGAAUGAUGGCAAGGGGUCGUACUCGUGUGUGUGCCCUCCUGGCUUCAAGCAGGGCACCACUGUUGAUGGCACCUUCUCCUGUGCUCCAGGCGACUCCAGCAGCACAUACACGGUGGUGUCGUGGGGUGUCACGUGUGCCGACAUCCACCCCGUCUACGGCCUCACUCUCGCCCAGCUGCAAGCCCAGAACCCCGACCUGAGCUGCAGCACUCCUCUCGCUGUCGUUCCCUCUUACCAUUCCCACCCUCCUUGCUCUCCUAUCGUUCUCCCACCUGGGUACACGCGCGAGUCACUGGCUGCCUACAUCCCUCUCUCUCCACCACCUGCCCCGACCAAAGAUCCCACUACCGAGCCCACCUUGACCCCCAGCCCCACACAGCAGCUUUCCAGGCUCUCAACCCCGGACUGCCUUUCUGCCCGUUUUCCUCCCCCUCGCCUCCUUCCAUUCUUCUAUUUCAUCCUUCUCUCUCAUCCUUCACUCUCCUCCCCCAUUCUCCCCCCUCCUCUCCUUUCCUCGCUCCCAAAACCCCAGGGCAACACAUGCGAGUCUCUAGCCACCUACUUCUCUCUCACCGCUGGCUGCCCCACUCCCACCGAGCCCUGCGCAGCGGCCUUCCAGGCGCUCAACCCCGGGCUGGACUGCUCCGGCAGCGGGGAGCUGGUGGGCAGCCAGGCGGUGUGUGUGGAGCGGCGGGCGGAGAGUGCAGCGGCGCUGCUCAUCCCGGUGUGCUCGCAGUUCUAUCUGGUGCAGGCCGGGGAGACGUGCGACCAGAUCCGCUCCGUGCCCUCCCCGCCGCUCUCCCCUCUCGAGUUCUUCCGCCUCAACCCCGGCAUCAAGUGCAGCCGCCUCGUGCCCAAGACUGACGUUGGCAGCCUUACAGGCUUCGAGGUCUGCCCUCCUCUUUGA